AUGGCUAAAAUAAAAAGAAAGCACGAACAGAAGGACAGUCCGGGCGGUCAGGCUCAAGCAGGACUUGGGCCCUGUUGGUGGCUUUGCGGGCAGUUGGUGCCAUUCGUUGAGCUCUGCCUGACCAUCUGCUUCUAUCCAAAGACCUUUUCGAUCACUGCUCCGUCCGUCCUUCCACUCCCUCCUCGACCACCGCCUUCGCUGUCCUUCCCGCGAACCCUCGAUCGCUCUAGUCUGCGGAUCAAACGAGUCGCCCAAUGUGUUGUGACCACGGAUGACUACUUGCUCGCAAUGAGCCUCCCUUCUCCCCAGAAGAACGGCGGCAAUAAUGUUCCCCCUCCGAGGCAGAUUCGCUUCGUCUCGACCGACGGCCAGCCGCAGACGAAAAGGCGACGAGUAAAUGCGGCCUGUCGGACGUGUCGCAAGCGGAAGAUACGGUGCUCGGGUGAACAACCAGUAUGCAAGACCUGCUCCGAUUACAACCAUGUUUGCUUGGGCUACAACGAUCCUCCGACCCACGCUCGAUCGCAAUCCGAUGCCGCCUCACGCACUCCAACCCUCCCCCCUGCCCCCGGUCCCAACGAAGCGGUCAACUCGCGCGGCCCCGUCAAAGUUGAGAGCCGCUCUCCGGAUUCGCCGCAACGAGCUACGCUACCUCGGGGUGAUGGAGCCGAGAAGCCCGCCGACGGCUCACGAAUAGCGGACUCGAAGGAUGACUCGGUCACAAAGGAUGUCUCGUCGCGGACUACAAAAGAAUCCGAACAGCAAACCGCUGGUGAAAGCCCAGAAAGUAGUCGUACAUCGUUAAGCUCAGGUUCCCGCACCCAUGUUCCUUAUUUCAGAUAUUUUGGCCCAACGGCCAUAGUCCCGGGCUUCAAACAAAUGGUUGUCCAAGUCCGCGGAUCACGCAAGAGUAAUCCAUCCUUAUCAUCUGGUAUGCACCUCCCAAAACCACCUAGUUUCCCAGUACUCCGAGUUGUCUCACCGACCCGCUAUUGCGGCACUGUGCUGGUAUAUAUGAUAAGCCCCAAGCUCGCCGACGAGGGACUGAACCAAUUCAACUCCAUUAGCGACAGCCGCGAGACUCGUGAUGCCAAUACCAUUCCCUUUUAUGACCGAGACGAUUCGUUACCCGUCAGCAACCUGGUGACGCACCUAUGCGACCUAUUCUUCAUGCAUUUGGGAUGUAACUUUCCCUUUCUACAACGAGAUAGAUUCCUUCGUGACUUGAAAGAUAAAAAGAUCGACACAAUGCUCGUGGACGCAGUCUGCGCUCUGUCGGCACGGUUUUCCCCGCAUCCUCUACUGAGCCCGCCUCAGGCACCCUCGAUUGACGGCUCGGCUCCUCCGCCUGAUACAAGAAAGUCUGAUCGCGGCCAUUCGUUUGCCCGCCGCGCAAUGAGCGCCCUCGUCGACUCGCUAUCGUGUCCCACUUUAUCUGUUGUUCAAGCUUGCCUAUUGCUGGCAUAUGAGGAAUUCGGCUCCAACCACGAUAGUGGUUUGUGGAUGUACCUGGGGAUUUCCAUUCGAAUGGCUCAAGAUCUGGGACUGCAGAAAGCUCAAGGAUUGAAAUACAACUACGGACAAAGCGGUGUUACGCCAAAUGCAGUGAUGACUGGACAGGCAGGGAAGUUAAGGGAAGAGCAGUACGACGACCCCCAAGUCUCGCAAAGUCCGGCAAAAGAAACGCCGGGGGUUGACAAUCAACGGGCCUGGGAAAAGGAAAGGGUGGAUACCUUUUGGAGCAUUUUCUUCCUCGAUCGUGUAAUAUCAUCCGGGACAGGAAGGCCAGUGACCCUGCGUGACGAAGAUAUAGAGCUUUGCUUUCCUCUCCAGUCAGAAUCACUACUCCCAAACGGCUGGCCCGCGCCAUUCCCGCCGCUUAUUCGCGUCAUUCAUCUCUACGGGAGGGUGACGGAUCUGAUAAAUGGAAUUCAAGACGUUAAUCACGUUACGACAGACACACUCAAGAGACUGGCUGGAAUGGAAAGUGACCUGACAGGCAUCUAUCAACGGUUAUCACCCCGACUUCAUUUCAAUGCCGCAAACUUUCAAGCUUAUGUAAAGGCGAAAGAGGGCACCAAUUUUAUUCUCCUUCACUUUUGGUUCCAUACUUUGAUAGUCCUCCUUCACCAGCCCACUCUCCUCAAUUCCUUCGGCGGGACAAUUCAGCACCUCUAUCCAAACAGCCGAGAGCUGUCCAUGUCGUCCGCCAAAACUAUUGCCGAUAUUCUCUCAUUCUCCGAGCUAGUUGAUGGGAAAAGCUUUAUCGGUAACCCUUUUACGAGCCAGCCAAUGUACAUUGCUGCGUGCGCUUUCCUCAUGGAGAGUGCCCACUACACAUCGCCCACCUCAGGGUCGGGUUCGCCCCCGAGCCAGCCCCUUUUGGCCAACCAAACUAGUGGUUUCGUUUUGCCAAACAUGGAUCCUUCAGGUGGUUCAGACCGAAAGCCCACUGCUAAACACAUCCUUCUGGCCUCGGCUGCCAAAGAGAACUACCAACGAUGUUACAAAGCAUUAAAGGCACUUGAGACUUACUGGGAGGGGACGAAAUAUAUACUCACGGUUUUAGAUCAGAAAGCCAAGGGUAUUGUGGAUCCGCUCUUAUAUACAGUCGAAGAGAUGGAAAGUGCGGCCGAUAUCCCGGCAGUUCAAGCUUUUGCUGCAUCCAAUUGGCGCCGGGGUGGAGCGAUCGACCCCGAAGGGUCAGGCACGGCUGUCGAUCCAUCGCUUGAUGGAAGACGGUCUCCAAAGAUAGACCCCAGUCAAGCAAUUGGUUGGGCGCUCACAGGAGCUACCAACUCAUCGCAGCCUAAUCUGAGCUUGCUAUACCAAAUGCCUGCGGCACCAGUAGAUUCGGUACCCAAACCCACGUACUCGUCGCAAUACAGCCACAGCUAUCCUCCUCUACCUAUUCAACCUAGCUCCAACUCGGGUUCAGGUUCAUUCUCGCAAUCGCUCGAGCAGGCUCGAACGACAUCUGUAACACCUAAUCCCACAAUGACAGCGGCGUCAGCGAAAUUUUCUCCGUUGCCUUCUGGGCGAGUCUCUACCUCCGAUGCGAACCUUCUUUUGGGCCUCAACACUUCGUUUUCCACAUCUCGCCCUUCACCUUCUCAACCCACAUUUCCCCCCCACAUGCCUUCGACUAGACUUGAUCCCCAGUCGGCGUCUUUUAAUUACAAUAUCACAUCUGCUCACAAUGAGCAACAAGUCGGUGGCGAACAUAUGGCCACUAGGCCUGAAUUCCAUCCAGCCAUCGCACCCCACGGCGAUGUUAUGAUUGGGAGUCAGGACAUCGACAUGGCUACUCUUCAGCACCAGGAUCAAUUACCGUUUGCCUUCCAUGGGGAGAUUCUUCCCUGGCUAGAAUAUCUCCCCCAGGACGUCCUGAAUUAUAUUGGGGAGCAUCAAAAUUACCCUACUCUGAUGAGCCCUGACGAUGGUACCCCACGGCCACCUCAUUAA